AACCAUGCGGAAGCUUAACCAUUUCUUAAUCGAAGAGAAGAGAGACAGAGACAGAGGGAGUGUCGAGAGAGAUGGGUUACGUAUUGAGGGUGAGAUUGGCGUCAUUCUUCGCCGGAGCAGCGACGGCGUCGCUUCUGGGAUUCUACGUUCUUUAUAAGGAUUACAAGGUUGCCCAUGAAUCCAUUUCUCAACAGGUGAAAGGCCUUCAUGAGUCCCUGGAUACAAGGAUCUCUGCUUUGGAAACGCUGAAACAAACUGAAGCUUCUCAACCUGUGCAGGCAACAGAGUAGGUGUCUUGGGGCAUUCUACUAGUUCUCACUUCAAACAUGUUUUUCUAGUUAUGCAAUCAAUUUCUAUGUAGUUUUACCCCCCGCUCCCCCACAGCCAAUUUUAAAAAAUAAUUUUUACCUGAACUUCUCUGUAAUGAUAUACUCCAAAUCUACCUGAAAAUCCGAGUUUGCAUUUUCUGUUGGAUGAAUGCUGACAUUGCAUUCAGAAUGUGAUGAUUUUCAAAUUUGUUUGUUAUUGGUGCUAUUACCUUGGAGUUGGGAGGAGUUAUGCACUAUGUCAUUGAAGAGUUAUUUUUAGCCAUGGCUGGUUCGUAGUUUGGCGUAUAUAGCAUCUGAAGGAACAGUCAAUUGGAUGCUAUUGUGAUUGUAGAAACAUGGAACAGCCAGGAAUGUUAAUUAAACGAUCCUUUCAAGUGCCA